CGAUAUCUACGACUACGAUGUCUGAAGCUGCUGUUACUGUUCGCGUGAGAAAGUUCAUGAGAAACCCUCUGUUGAAGCGUCGCCAAAUGACCAUCGAGGUGAUCCAUCCCAAGCGUGCUUCUGUCUCCAAGGACGAGCUUAAGAACAUUCUGUCCAAGAAGUACCACGUCGCUGACGAUAAGUGCAUUAUCCUCUUCGGAUUCCAAAUUGCUUUCGGAGGAGGUCGUUCCAGCGGUUUCGCCCUGAUCUACGACUCUCUGGACGAUGUGAAGAAGUUCGAGGCUAGAUACCGUCUUGCUAGAUUCGGAAUCCAGGAGCACCAGAGACAGGGACGUAAGAUGCUGAAGGAAAAGAAGAACCACCAGAAGAAGAUCUGGGGAACUGGCCGUCGUGCUGCUCUGCACAAGGCUAAGAAGGCUCAGGACGAUUAAGGGAGAAGUCUGCUUCAGUUAUUGUCGUAUUGAUAUUGC